AAACGAUUCGCAGGUUUCGAAGCUUCACGAGUGUUUCGAUAGCGUCCAUCACUAAUUACACCUUUAUAUAUGAAAGACAUGGAUCUUCAAGAUUCCGAUGAACUCUACGAUUCUAUAUCAGAGAGUUCAGAUUCUUACAUUUCAGAUAUCUUUUCUGAAAGUGACAGUGAUGAUAACCUUAUAUCAGACCAGGCAAAACUUCAGCUUCUUGACGAAAUGAAUGUUGAUGAGUCUGGCUCAACGAGUUCCCCUGUCUGUGAGACAACGUCAGACAAAAUGACCUUUGAUAGGCAUAGCCUUACAUCUGAAGCAUCUGGAACAGCAGAAGAACCCUGCUCCAGUCAAGACACAAAAGACGGUGUAGUUGUUAGUGCAUACCAUAAAAUAGGUGGCAGUAGAGUGUACGACAAGAGGCAUUACUGCUUGUAUUGCCGUAAGCCUUACGCUAAGAUGGCAAGGCAUCUAGAAGGUUUGCAUGAAAAAAAACCUGAUGUGGCUAAAGCUCUAAGCUUUCCAAAGGGAUCCAAGGAGAGAAGAAAACUGCUAGAUUAUAUUCGCAACAGAGGAAACUAUGCUCACAAUGCUGCUGUUUUGAAAUCAGGAAAGGGGGAACUAGUGCCAUUGAAACGGCCACCUAAAGAAGCGCAAGUAGAGGAUUUCAUGCACUGUGUAUACUGUCAAGGGCUUUUUAUAAGAAAGCUCCUGUGGCGACAUCUGCGCUCUUGUAGACUUAAACCUCAAUCAUUCACCCCCAAACCAGGAAAAUACCGUGUUCAGGCUUUGUGUAGAUACACAGGGCCUGUGCCUUCAAACAUAUCUAAACAACUGUGGGGAGUAAUCACUACCAUGAAUCUUGACCCAAUCACAGAAAUUAUAAAAAACGACAAAGUAAUUAUUGAUUUUGGGCAGCACUUGUUAAACAAAGGCGGGAUAUCAGCCAAGAAUAAACAGUAUGUGCGAGAGAAGAUCCGACAGUUGGGAAGGCUGCUUUACAAUGCUAGGAAGGUUACCUCCCUAAAAACAAUGAAAGAUUGUGUAAAUCCAAAGAAGUACAUGGAGAUUGUCAAAGCUGUCAAGCAUACAUGUGGGUAUAACAUUGAAACCGACAAGUUCUUGCUUCCAACACUUGCCAACAAGCUUGGAAAUUCUCUGGUUAAAAUAAACAAAGUCUUAAAAGCUCAGGGUUUACUCUCAAACAACAAAGAACUUGUGAAGAAUGCCAGUGAGUUUCAAGACAUCCAUGAGGAGAAGUGGAACGAGCUGAUCUCGGCUACAGCAUUGAGGAACAUGAGGGACGCAAAGAGUAAUGUACCCACUCUUAUUCUCUUUACUGAAGAUGUUCAAAAAAUGCAUACACAUCUCAGUCAAGUACAAGAUAAGUGGUACAAAUUACUCUCUGAAAGUCCCUCUACUAAAGCCUGGAUGGAGCUGGUGAAGGUGUGUCUAGCCCAGGUGAUUCUCUUUAACCGGCGCAGGGAAGGAGAGGUAGCGAGCAUGCCUUUGUCUGCAUUUUUAUCAAGAGACACUUUUGAUCCAAAUGUGGAUGUGGGUUGGGCACUCUCUGAAGUGGAAAAAAUACUCUGCAGACACUUCUCAAUGAUUGUCACCAGGGGAACCCAUGGCUGGCCGGUUCCAAUUCUUCUGACUCCAAAAAUGUUGUGUGCCUUAGAACUGCUUGUUCAGCAGAGAGAGGCGUGUGGGGUUCUUAAAGACAAUGGUUAUUUGUUUGCAAGACCAGAAGCCAUGACGUAUUUCGAACGGUCAGACUGCCUCCGUGGCUUUGCAAAGGCUUGUGGUGCAAAGUUUCCCAAGUCACUGACAUCUACCAGACUGCAAAAGCAUGCCGCGACCCUUUCAACAGUGCUGAAUAUGACAGACACAGAGAUGGACCAACUUGCCAACUUUCUUGGACAUUACAUAAUAAUCCAUGGUGAGUUCUAUCGACUCCCUGAGAAGACCCUGCAACUUGCCAAGAUCAGCAAAGUUCUAAUGGCUCUUGAGCAAGGAAGAUUAGCUGAGUUCCAUGGCAAGAACUGGGAUGAAAUUGGGAUCAAUCCUGAUGAAAAAGUUCUGAACUGUGAUGAGGAAGACAAGAGCAUACAGGAAGGACAAUGUUCAUCUACUGUUCAUGGUAAAAUUACACAGAGGAAAAAACCCUGGCAGCAGACAGAGGUGCAGGCGGUGGAAAGACACAUGAUGCAUUUCAUCACAUCUUGUACUGUACCAGCAAAGAGUGACUGUGAGAAGUGUUUAAAGGCUGAACCAGAAGCUCUAAAGAACCGGGACUGGAAGAACUUGAAGUUCUUCAUAUAUAACCGCAUUACAGCUUAUAAAAGGAAUUUGCAAUGCAAGAUUACCAACUCUGGCAAUAUUGCAGUUGAAACAUCAAACAAUCAAACCAAAAAGUGAAGAUGACUAUAUGGACCACUACAUGGAGAGUGAAACUUCAUCACUAGCAUCAGUAGCACCAUUUACAGGCCAAAAGCCUCUCUGCCAUUGCAUAGGACAACCCAGCCCAUGCUUGAUACAUCAAUGGACUAUAUCCACAGAACGUUCUUAAUAACUUCUGCAAUAAUAUAAGCCAGCUGGAAAGCUUACGGUGAAAUUUCACUUGUUGGUGUGUCCGUAUCUUCGUUGUUCUGAGGCAGCUUUAAAAGCAUCGAUAUUCAUCAAUAUUAAUAGUUUAUAAUCAGAAUAUAGUCACUUAAAUAGGCAGUUCUAGCAUUAAUUUAGUUAUUCAAAGUAAUGUAAGACAACAUAAAAAAGACGCACCCCUCAGUGUUCCUCAGCAAAAUUCAAUUCGACAAUCAGUUUUCACACUUUAAUGUAAAAAAAAAAGUCAACACACUGUAAAUUAAAGAUUUUUUGUGCA